GAACCGUCAGAUUUCAGCUUCCUCCGAGGGGCACUUUUGUCUUUCCAUUCGUAACAAUGGGAAUUGGGAAAUAAUGAGUCCCACAAAAGGACCCACCCAAAAAGCAGAAACUAAUUUUUCACUUUCACUCGACGUGCGUUCCAGCGCGUGGGAACCUUCUUCUACGACACCUGACAAGACUUAACUCGACCCCACCUAACAUCUUUCAAAUUUUCCGGGUUGGGCCCAGAGCGGGACCCGCAGCGCGGAAACAGUGAGACCCACCCAGAUCUCACUCUCGCAAUAAAAAGGGCCCUUUCUCUCAUAUACUUGUGGGGUCGCAUAGAAUCCAAUCCCUCUCUCUCUCUCUCUCUCCCCAAAAACCAAACCCUAAAAUUUCUCCGGCGGACCCCAAUCGCCACCGCCAUGGGCUCCGAGAUGGCCCUCCAAGACUACCUGUCCCCGGACCCACCACACCACCAGCAGCAGCAGCAACUUCCCUCACUCAAGCGUGAGGACCCGACCCAAAACGUCGCCGUCCCGGCGGCGGUGCUCACCUCCACCACCACCGUGACGACUGCUAAAGACUCGGCCAGGACGACUCAGCAGCUCAGCCGCACUCGGAAGUCGACCAACACCAAGGACCGCCACACCAAGGUCAACGGCCGCGGCCGCCGUGUCCGAAUGCCCGCCAUGUGCGCCGCCAGAAUCUUCCAGCUGACCCGCGAGCUUGGCCACCGCUCCGACGGCGAGACCAUCGAGUGGCUCCUCCGCCACGCCGAGCCCUCCAUCAUCGCCGCCACCGGCACCGGCACCCACCCGGCGCAGCUCUGCACCUCCACCCCCGCCAUCUCCGCCUCAAUGCCCUCCCUCCACUGCCGCCCCACCAUCAGCACCGUCAACACCACCGGCGCCGCCGGUCAGCUCAUGUACCACCUCCAGCAGCACCCUGUUUCCCAGUCCCACCACCACCACCAGCAGCUGAGCUGCCGGCUCGACUUGUGCCAGCCGCUGCCCGGUUUGGACUACUCGGCGGUGGCCGGGAACAACAACGGCGGGUACCAGAACAGCCACGGGUACAACCACCAUGGAUUCACGGCGCUGCUGUUGCAGUCUGGAGUCGGGGACGGGGGAGACGCCGCCUCCGGAGAAGGCUCUCAGGGACUCGACUAGUCUAGUCUAGUCGAACUGAGAGUCUGUAUAUCACAAGGAUAUAGCAAAUAAUAGAGAGGUAGAGGUGUAAUGGAGAGGAGGUUAGAGGGCUGUGUUCUAUUCUGUUGAGCUGGGUUUCGAAUGUGGGUUGUGUUGCUGUUCAUUGUUCAAUGUUUGUGUGAAGUAGGAAGUGAACUAUAUGUAAUGUAAGGGGAUCAAAUCCAGAUGGAAGUGAAAUGAAAAUGAAUGGCUUUGAUCU